CCAAAACACGCUCUCCUCAGCUCUCCUUCCAUUGCAGCUCUCCCGAACCUUCCUCUCUCUCCAUCUCCAUCUCGACCCGUCUUUGCAUGGCAGUGGGAUUCCUGGCGAAUGAGGUAUCCGAACUCUGCCUCGGGAAGCCCGCGCUGAGGUGCCUCUCCGCCGCCGCCGCCACCGUCGGCGACGCCCUCUCCGCCCUCAGGAGGUCCGGCGACGCCGCCGUCGGCCUGUGGAGCUGCUGCGACGACGACGGCGCCGACGGCGCCCCCUCCGGUGAGGCCGGCCGCUGCGUGUGCGUGGGGAAGGUGUGCACGGUGGACAUCGUCUGCUUCCUGUGCAGGGAGGAGAACCUCGCCGAUCCGGCCGCCGCGCUCCGGUCUAAGGUUGCGGCCGUCGUCCCCAAGGGCGGCGGCCUCGUCAGGCAUCUGGAGCCUCACGCCAGCUUGCUGGACGCGAUCGAGCUGAUCCUCGAAGGUGCGCAGAACCUGGUGGUGCCGAUGCGGUCUCGCAAGGGAACCGCACCGAGGAAGAACAUCCUCCACAACCACCGGGAAUACUGUUGGCUCACGCUGGAAGACAUCGUUCGAUACCUCCUCAACUUCAUCAAUCUCUUUGCCCCCACGCCGGCCCUUCCGAUAAAUUCUCUUGGCAUCAUCGACACUGACACGAUCCUUGCUGUGCACUAUUACGACCCUGCUGCAUCAGCCUUGCAGCUGAUCCCUGAAUCCAACCUCAAACAAACUGCAGUGGCGAUCGUCGACGACGGAGGCCAAUUGAUUGGCGAGAUCUCGCCAUUGACUCUCAGUGCCUGCGACUUGACUGUAGCUGCUGCUGUCUUGACACUAUCUGCUGGAGAUCUCAUGGCGUACAUUGACUGUGGUGGUCCGCCAGACGAUUUAGUCCGUCUGGUCAAGGAAAGGUUGGAAGAGAAGAACUUGGUCACGUUCUUGGAAUCGCUGGAUGAGGAAUUGGCCUUCUCUUUGCCGUCUGCAUCAUCCUCUUCCGACGAAGAGUUUGGGUGCGGGAAGAGCGGGAGGAUCGGAGGCUACUCCGCGAGGAUGGUGAGGAGGUCGGAGGCCAUCAUGUGUUACCCGAGCUCUUCGCUUGUCGCAGUGAUGAUUCAGGCGCUCGCGCACAGGGUGAGCUAUGUCUGGGUCGUGGAGGAGGACAGAAGCCUUGCCGGGAUCGUCACCUUCAGGAGCAUGUUGAGGGUCUUCCAUGAACGGCUAAAGUCCGUGAGCUGAAACAGGGCAAAGGUGAAAACCAAGAUUGAUGAACUGAAUCUCUGAUGAAACGGAUUCAUGAACAUGGCAUAGACUGAAUUUCUGGGAUGUCACAAGUUUUGAGGAUGCGAACGUUAGUCAUCCUAAACCUAUUUAUGUAUUUUCUGUGAUGGGAGCCAAACAUUGAUUUGCUGAAGAUAAUAAUGAAAUUUCACGACAGAGAUUGAUAAUGUCAGGACAAAUCUAAUCA